CCUGUGCGCGUGUGGGUGUGUAGCGCUGGCCGAGCGAGCCAGUGAAGUGAUGGCAGGGGAAGAGCAGACACUCAAAGAGGAAUGAGAACUCGUCGGGGAUGGCGGACAGACCUCUGACGCUGUUUGUGAAGCUUUUUGCCGCUGGGUUUUACGGUGUGAGCUCGUUUCUCAUCGUCGUGGUGAACAAAAGUGUCCUCACCAACUACAGGUUCCCUUCAUCAAUAUGUGUUGGAAUUGGACAAAUGUUGGCCACAGUGGUUGUUCUGUGGGUGGGCAAGGCUGCGAAGGUGAUCAGCUUCCCAGACUGCGAUGAGAGUAUACCUCGCAAGACGUUUCCUCUACCUCUCCUGUAUGUGGGAAACCAAAUCACUGGUCUGUUCGGUACCAAAAGGCUAAAUCUGCCGAUGUUUACAGUCCUCCGGAGGUUCUCCAUUUUAUUCACAAUGCUGGCUGAGGUACUUCUUCUCAAGAAGAAAUUCUCCAGGCCAGUCCAGCUGACAGUAUUUACAAUGAUCCUCGGGGCGUUUAUAGCCGCAAGUUCUGACCUGUCUUUUGACCUGCAAGGCUACGUGUUCAUUCUCCUGAACGACGUGCUGACUGCAGCCAACGGAGCCUAUGUGAAGCAAAAAUUAGAUGCAAAGGAGCUGGGGAAAUAUGGAUUGUUGUAUUAUAAUGCGUUAUUUAUGAUAAUUCCCACUCUGCUGUUGGCUCAUGUGACUGGAGAUAUGCAAAAGGCGGUGGAAUAUGAUGGCUGGUCAGACAUGUUCUUCCUCACCCAGUUCCUCCUCUCUUGCAUCAUGGGGUUUGUUCUGAUGUAUUCCACCGUGCUUUGUACACAAUACAACUCUGCAUUAACAACUACGAUCGUGGGCUGCAUCAAGAAUGUCCUGGUGACAUACAUUGGGAUGGUGUUCAGUGGAGACUACAUUUUCUCUUGGACUAAUUUCAUAGGUUUGAAUAUCAGUAUUGCGGGCAGCCUGGUGUACUCUUACAUCACUCUCACAGAGGAGCAGUCCAAUAAAGCAAGUGAAAACGCCAAGCUGGACAUCAAGGGAAAGGUGGUUGUAUGACGGACACACUGGAUUUAAUUUUUUUUAUGCUGACGAACGACAAAACUCUAUUUUAGUACAACUUUUAUUUAUGGAGUAUUUUAACAGCAAAGGAGUGUCAUGAUGGGAAUAAUGUUGGGGGGGGGAACCUUUGUUGUGUAGAAAUGGAGCCACGGCGUCAUCAUACCUCGCUUGCCUCUGCCAUGGUUAUGAACGCUCCAGAGGGAUUGUGGGUUGGUUUUUAGACUGUUUUCUUUUUAAAUAUUUGUAUUUUGAUACUGUACAUGUGAGCAUUGAGAACAAGGGAACAUGGAACCAAUAUUAUUUAUAUUCAAACAUUUCUUGACACUCAAACUGAAACGUAAAAGUUGGGAUGACAUAAUGUUUCCUGAAUGCAGGAGUGAACAGCUGAUGGGUGUGUACUGAUGACUCUUGGGACUAUUACAUAUAAUAUAAUAUUAUUUUGAAGGCACAAUCCUUAUUUAAUUGCAUUUUCUGUUUUGCUGUUAACGAGGAAUGUAACUUUAGAUGCCUUCUAAGCACGGUAAAAUGCACUGACACUGUCAUUAUCUGUUGUCUCAGUCUUUAGUAAAAAUGUUCUUAUUGGUGUGCAUACACUUCUAAGCUUGUUCCAGAUGAACGGUAAUGCUUGUCACCUUACCUCAUCCCUCCAACAACCCAUGUGGAUGGACCGUGGGCCGUCAGUUCCCAUGGAGGAUUGUGGCUUUAAAUAAAUGUUGCUGCCACCUUGUGGGAGAUGACUUUAAGAUUACGGUUUACAGUUUUCAUCCCUCAGCAUUUUGCCUCAGUAUUACUUUUGUUUUGCAGUUUGUUGUGGACUCACCAAGGCUAUAACUGUUUCUUUUUUUUCUUGACACAAUGUUAUCGCACUUUUAACUGAGGUAGCACCUGCUGAAGAGUGAAGCUGAAUUGCCUGUCACAUUAUCGAUUGAGAUUAUUCUUUUGAAAUGUAUGUUUCACUUUUUUUUUUUAAGUCUUUCAAAUGAAACAUGUUUUUCUAAACCUUAAUAGUCAGGUACGAGCAUUGACCUUUUUACACAUUUUUAUCUACAUUUUAUAUUUAUUACUUUUUUAGAAUAAUGUUCAUUUUGUAGCUGGAGUGGCUUGUGAAUUGUAGAUGCUGAUCUCAUCUCAAACACAGGAACCCUGUAUUUGUAGCUGAAACUCAAGGAUGUAUUUUUACAUUAAAACCCCUCGGUUGACCUGACGUA